AUGGCGGAGCAAAUUUACAACAUUAAAGGAGCUCUGGACUCCGGAAGUGAGUUCACUGAGGACGCGGAGUUGGAGGCGAUCAAGGCACGGGUGAUGGAGCUGGAGGAAGAGGAAGAGGAGAAGCUGAGGGAAGCACAGUACUGUUCAGACAAGCUGUUUCCCUACGGCUCUCUACAGACAGGACUUUUCUACAGUAUGACGCCUGAGGAGAGGAUAGACGCUGACACCAGAUCUGUCUAUGUGGGGAAUGUGGAUUAUGGGACGACUGCCGAUGAGCUGGAGAUCUACUUUAACGGCUGUGGCCACGUGAACAGGGUCACUAUUCUUUGUGACAAAUUCACUGGCCAUCCGAAAGGGUUUGCAUACAUCGAGUUUUCUGAUAGAGAGUCGGUGAGGAUGGCCAUGGCUUUGGAUGAAACCUUGUUCAGAGGACGAGUCAUUAAGGUCUGCCCUAAACGCACCAACAUGCCAGGCAUCAGCAGCACAGACAGAGGGUUCAUGCGAGGGGGGCGUUUCCGAGGCAGAGGUAUCCGUGCUUCCCGGUUCCAUAAUGGCUUCCAGGGCAGAUUCCGCAGCUUCAUGAGGGGAAGUGGAAGAGCCCAACCUUGGUAUAUUUCAUACUGACAGAAUGAAGAGUCUGUUUCAGUUUUAUUUUUUUUCCCCCUUUUUAAGCACUUAUGGGUGCUAACUGUUCAGUGCUGUUAUGUUCCUGUCUUUAACGGACUCCCAGUCUACACAUCGAACUUCAUGGGUACAUUUUAAGUGCAUAUAUAUUUUUGUAUGGCUUCAAGUAUUUUGUCUGAUUUAAAGCCUGAAUGAUGAGGUUUGA